AGUCGAGGAAGAAAGAACAACAUGCUAGCUAAAAUCUUAGUGAUCGCCCUCGCCGUGGCAGUGGUUUCCUGUCAAGAGAAGCCGUAUAAUCUGAAGAAGCUUUUUCAACAAGAACAAGCCAAGGAAUACAAGCAUCGCCCUUACGAUCACAUUCAUCCAUCGUUUCCUUUAAAGUCCUUCCAAGAACCUGCACCCAUCAGUGAAGAGCAGUACCAAGAAGCUCAAGCUAGUCCCGCUGAACAAGCUUACGAAAAGCCGCAAGAGAGCUACCCUCCUGCCUACUCUUCUCAGAGCAUCAUCCAUCAUGCUGCAAGCGGUCAGCAAGAUUCCCAAGAGAACAGCGGUGAACGUGGGAUUUAUCAAUACGUGCAGGAGCAAAACGAAGAUGUGAAAGUACGCCAACCAACCACUCACAAAUACCAAGGAGUACACUACCCGGUGCAUUAUCCUGCUCCCGUACAACACGAGGCUCCUGCGGCAAAACCAGUAUACAAGCCCCAAGCUCAUUACACUCGGCCGCAGGAAGGCUUUAGCUUCCACCGUGGAGUUCAUCUUGAACAAGCCCCUGUCUAUCAGCAGACCGAAGGACAUGCUCACGAAUCUCACGAUGAACCCAUUGACUAUUACGCCUACCCUAAAUAUCAAUAUGAGUACAAAGUUGAGGACCCUCACACCGGAGACAACAAGUUCCAACACGAGAUCCGUGAUGGCGACGUCGUGAAAGGCGUGUACGGUCUUCACGAGGCUGAUGGCUCAGUUAGGACUGUUGAAUACAGUUCAGACAAGCACAAAGGAUUCAGCGCCAUUGUCAAGCAUUCAGCUCCUGGUCAACACGUUCACAUUGAGAGUCAUCAUGACAACUAAAUUAUUAGUCGAAGACUGAUAUUGUUUAUUCUUGUACUAAAAUUACUUAAAAUUUGUUGCCGUUUUGUUGUUA